AUGUUUCGGUUGGACUUUCCUUGUUUCUUCCUUUUCUUUGUUUUACAUAAGUUGUCGAAUCUAGCCAAGCAUGCCCAUAGAAACAAAUUCCGAGUUCAUCUCUAAUAUUGGGAUCAAAUUUUUGGCAGAGAUGGAGAUGGAGAAGAGAAGCCAUGUUUUGGCGGUUCCAUAUCCAACCCAAGGCCACAUCAACCCCAUGCUCCAAUUCUGCAAACGCCUCUUCUCCAAAGGCCUCAAAUCCACCUUCGCCAUCACCGCCUUCAUCUCCACCUCCUUCAAACCCCACUCCCACUUCCUCCACUUCGACACCUUCUCCGACGGCUUCGACGCCGGCGGCUUCACCGAGGCAGGCGACGUCCAGGUCUACCUCACCCGCUUGGAGCUUGUCGGAUCCAAAACCCUCGCCGACCUGAUUCGACGCCACCAAGCCUCCACUCACCCCAUCACCUGCGUCGUCUAUGAUUCCUUCAUGCCGUGGGCUUUGGAUGUGGCCAAGCAAUUCGGCUUGGCCGGCGCCCCCUUCUUCACGCAACCCUGCGCUGUCAAUUACAUCUACUAUUGCGCUCAUCAUGGGUUGCUGCAGCUGCCCGUGAGGUCGCUGCCGGUUUCGAUUCCGGGGCUGCCAUUGUUGGAGCUCGCGGACAUGCCGUCAUUCAUUUACAUCCAUGGAUCAUAUCCGGCUUACUUUCAUCUGGUUUUGCAGCAAUUCUCCAAUGUGGAGAAAGCAGAUUACAUUCUCGUCAACACAUUCUACAAGCUGGAGGAUAAGGCAUUGGAUACAAUGGGGAAGACCAGUCGAUUAAUGACAAUCGGGCCUACAAUCCCAUCUUUCUUCUUGGACAAGCGUGUUCCAGAUGACACUGAUUAUGGCCUCAACCUCUUCCAUUCAAACCCGUCCUUUUGCUUAGAGUGGCUAAGCCACAAGCCGCCAAAAUCCGUGGUUUACGUAACAUUCGGCAGCUUGUCCAGUCUAACCCAGCACCAAAUGGAAGAACUGGCCUGGGGCUUCAUCAAAACCAACUUCUUCUUCCUCUGGGUAGUUAGAGCUUCUGAGAAAGCCAAGUUAUCGCAAGAUUUGGUGCUUGAAAUUCAAUCCCACAAAGGCUUGUUAGUCGACUGGAGUCCACAGCUGCAGGUGCUCGCGAGCGAGGCUGUCGGCUGCUUCUUCUCGCACUGUGGUUGGAACUCCACCAUUGAAGGUCUGAGCUUGGGGGUGCCGAUGGUGGUGAUGCCGCAGUGGACCGAUCAGACGACGAAUGCCAAGCUUGUGCAGGACGUUUGGAAGGUGGGAAUUAGGGUUAAGGUUGAUGAGAAUGGCAUGGUUGGGAGAGAAGAGGUUGAAAGUUGUGUUAGGGAGGUGAUGGAAGGAGAGGGUGGGAAGGAGAUGAAAAAGAGGGUCAUGGAAUGGAGGGAUUUGGCCAAGGAGGCAGUGACCGAAGGUGGUACUACUGAUAAGAGCAUUGAUGAGUUUGUGUCCAAGUUAUCUCCUUAGCUACCUCUUUAAUUUGUGUUCAGAAUAUUUCAUAAUAUUGUUACAAUAUGUAAACAUCUUUUGUAUAUAUGUUCUAUAUACCCAGUCUAGGAAAUGCCAACAAAAGACUGCAAAAUACAAUAUAAUACACGAAUUCGAUUGACAUUUCGUUACUAUUUCAAUAA